UGUUAAACUUCUCCCCUCAGACUGCCGCAAUGCGUCCCCAUGGCGAGGGUAUGUGACGGCUUCAAGGACUGCGCAGACGGCACUGACGAAGUUCCUUGUGACUCCUUGGACCGCUUGCUCCAGUAUAACAGCAGCUGGCACUGCGACGGAUACCACGACUGCUUUGACUUGAGAGACGAAGACUGUCCUCCGCCGAUCGUGUGUCAGGGUAUGUAUGUGUGCCAUCUUAGCCGUGAAUGCGUACCGCAUAAUAAGGUUUGCGACUCGAUAAUCGACUGCAUGUUCGGCGAAGAUGAGAUGGAAUGUUUAACUUUGCUAAAAGAUCCAGGAAAGUUGGUGUUAAACAAAUUCAUGCAGCCUGAACACAGCAAUAACGGGACGCUUGCCUACCGAGGAACAACUGAAUGGCGGCCGGUGUGCGUUGCAGAAAUACCAGAGAUGAUGUUGAAUGAGAUCUGCUCGUACCUCGGUUAUCGAGAAGUGAAAGGGUGGGUUACGGUGAUAGGACCCACGAAACUGGAUGUCGUCACGCCGAGUCUACCAGAGUAUGCUACGAAGAGCGCAGGGGACUCUCGCGUUCCCGUGGAUACAGAAAUUUCUUAUAAUAUAAACACACAUACACGGGUUGCUAGACAUGUACUUGAUGGGCCUUUGGCUCAAGACACUACUGAGAGAAUAACAUUCAUGGCAGAGCUUCAGACUCUAGAAAAUGGAAGAAAACGAGAGAGAGUAAAGAGAGAGGAAAAUGAGACUUGUCUUCAGAUUAAUAUCGCAUGUCAGAAAGAACCUUGUGGCAAGAUUCAACGCUAUUUCCUGUCAGAGCACCAACCUUUGCACGAAUUGGGCGGUGUUCCUUGGGCAGGCACGGUGUUCGUCGGCGGAGCCCCGUGGUGCGGGUCGACGCUCGUGCACCCGCACUGGGCCAUCACGUCCAAGACCUGCAUGGAUUAUGACGGUCAUGCUUUAGAUACAGGUGGUAACAGAAAUAGUGAUUGUUUUAUUCUGAGAACAAGAUACAGUUCAUUUAAGAGCAGCGGAAAGUAUUUGAAAGAUUUUAUAAGGUGUCAAUCUGUGGCCAAAAUAUCGGCAUUUGUGGGAAACCGCCUCCACAAACAGGGAUGGCUAUCUCUGCGACAUGUGCAGACUCUGCUCAUCAACGACGUUAGAGGGCGCCCUGUACCCUACAGAAGUUGGCUGGCCUUAGCAGAUACUAACCAGAUCCCACAGGACGCAAGGAGAAAGGGGCAAAGAGGGCGAAGCAAAGAGGCCCUGCACCGACGUUACAUCUUCGCCAGCAGCUUCCCAGGAGGAAGAUGGUGA